UUUGAAUUUAUUUUUUAACAAGGCAAUUUUUAUAAUAAUUUUUUUUAUUAAAGACUUUCCCGCAUAAGAAAUUAUUGGCAAAACAAAAAGAUAAUUUUUUAAAAUAUAAAAUUCUUAAACACAGGUUUUUGAUAAAUAAGCAAAAAAAACCAAACAUGGCAUUCCCAAUAACGUCUUCUCAGGGCUCUAAAACAGAAACUUUAUUAAAAUACCUGAAUUUGGCUCAGGGUGAGCAGGUUCAGGUUAUGUACGUAUGGAUAGAUGGAACAGGUGAGAACGUCAGAGCCAAAACUAAAACUCUCAACGCAGAACCACACAGUAUUGAAGAACUCCCUAUAUGGAAUUACGAUGGCUCUAGUACUUAUCAGGCCGAAGGCUCCAAUUCUGACGUUUACUUAAAACCAGUUUGCAUGGUCAGUGAUCCUUUCAGAGGUGGCAAAAAUAAACUGGUCCUCUGUGAAACUUUUAAAUACAAUUGGAAACCAACAGAAACGAACAAUAGAUUACAAUGCAAAAAGACCAUGGAUUUGGUAAAAGAAGCCGUUCCUUGGUUCGGGAUCGAACAAGAAUACACUCUCAUGGACGUUGAUGGACAUCCUUUAGGCUGGCCUAAAAAUGGUUUCCCCGCUCCACAGGGCCCCUAUUAUUGCGGAGUAGGCGCUAACAAAGUUUUUGGGCGAGACGUAGUCGAAUCCCAUUACCGGGCUUGCAUUUACGCCGGAAUCAAGAUUGGCGGCGAAAAUGCUGAAGUCAUGCCAUCCCAGUGGGAAUACCAGAUCGGUCCUUGCGAGGGUAUCGAGAUGGGCGACCAUCUUUGGAUCUCCCGCUUCAUGCUUCAUCGCGUAUGCGAAGAUUUUAACAUUGUAGCCUCACUCGACCCAAAACCCGUAAAAGGAGACUGGAACGGAGCAGGAUGCCACACCAAUUUUUCUACCAUUGGUAUGCGGGCCCCGGAAGGAUUAAUCGAAAUCGAAGCUGCCGUCGAUAAACUUUCAACCCAACACGAUCGUCAUAUCAGGUGUUACGAUCCUAAUAAGGGGGCAGACAAUGCCCGUCGAUUGACAGGCGCCCAUGAGACAAGUCCCAUUACCGAUUUUUCAGCGGGAAUUGCUAACCGCGGAUGUAGUAUAAGGAUCCCACGUCAAGUUGGCGAAGAUCGAUGUGGAUACUUGGAGGACCGCCGACCUGCCUCGAACUGCGACCCCUACCUGGUAACCGAAGCUAUAGUCAAAACUGUCAUUUUGGGCAAAUGGGAAGACGAUUGAGCACAAUUUGUUAUUUUUGUCAACUUUCUCAAUUAAAUUAUAUAUUUUUUUGAAUUUCAUUUUAUGGUAUAUUUUUUUUGAUGUCAGAAUACCAUAUAAUAUCUUAUUAUAUUUUAAAUUUUUUUACAUAAAGUAAUAUAUAAAUCAUUUUUUUUAAAAUAACUUUAUAAAAUAUUUAUAUUUUAUCAAUUGCGUCUAAUUGGAAACAUUAGUAAUUUUAUAAAUUAUAUUUAUUUUUAAUAUCUGUAUUAUGGUUUGUGAGAAGAAUAAACAAUCAUUCAGUGGUAUUUUAUAAACCUGUUUCCCACCCAUAAAGUCAAUAUAUAUUAAUAACUUUGAUCAUUAUCUUAAAUCGUCAACAUCUGCAAUCAGGGAAGUUUUUCUGACUACUCGUGAUCUCCUUAAUAUUUUAAAUACUAUCAAAACUUAUUUUGCACGAUUGUAUAGCAUGGCUGAUUGAAGUGUGAUUAUUCCUUCCUUCCUUUUUUAAAUGUUAUUUAUAUUUUUCCAUGUGUAAAAUUAAAUUUAUGGUAAUCAAAAAAGCCAACAUUGUUAUUUCUUUUUAUAUACUAUAUAAUAUUUUGUUGAUUUUAAUUUUUCUUAAAAAAUUAUUUAUUAAGGUCGGGUCAAACCAUAUGCACUUUUUUUUGGUCCCCAGAUGAUUUUAAAAGGUAGUUGUAAAAUUUUUCAUUUUUUGAUAUAUAUUAGACAAAUUAUUGCAAAAUUUUAAUUUGUAAAAAUUGUUAGGCUGUAUUUACCAAGUUUUGAAAUUUAAAAGUGUACACCUGUUCAUGCAUGAAUAUUUCGAUUUUAUAAAUAUUGUUAUUAUAAAAACAAAUUCCUUAUUUAUCUUAUUAAAUUCGUUAUUUUCAAAAAAAAAUAAAAUGUUAUCGAAUCUUUCA